CUGUGCUAGACUGUAAAAAGAAUACCGCCAGGCUCCGGGAGAGACGGGUCAGAGGAAAAUGGCGGACGGUGUGGAUCAUAUCGACAUCUACGCCGACGUCGAGGAGGAAUUUAGCCAGGAGGCUGACUACCCUGUUCACGAGCAGAUCGACCUGUAUGAUGAUGUAAUAUCCCCAUCAGCCAACAAUGGUGAUGCUCCAGAAGACCGUGACUACCUGGACACGCUACCUGCACCAGGUGGCACUGAGGGAGGAAAGAGUGCUCCUCCAAAUGUCGUAUACACAUACACAGGCAAAAGGAUUGCCCUGUACAUUGGAAAUCUCACAUGGUGGACAACAGAUGAGGACUUGACAGAAGCCAUACGGUCGAUAGGCAUUACAGAUGUGCUGGAGAUCAAGUUCUUUGAAAAUAGAGCCAAUGGACAGUCAAAAGGGUUUGCACUGGUGUGUGUGGGCUCAGAGGGCUCGUCCAGGAAGUUAAUGGAGCUUCUAUCAAAGAGGGAGCUUCAUGGUCAGAACCCCAUCGUCACACCAUGCAACAAACAGUCCCUUAGCCAGUUUGAGAUGCAGUCACGCAAAAGUACCCAGUCAGGCCAGAUGUCUGGAGAAGGUAAAGCUGGUCCCCCUGGUGCUGGCCCUCGUGGAGGUUUCCCAAUGGGUCGAGGUAGAGGCAGGUUCCCUGGACCAUCUGGCCCAGGAGGAGACCGCUUCCCUGGACCUGUUGGUCCUGGAGGGCCACCUCCACAUUUCCCUGGCUCUGGGAUGAGACCAGAUCUGAUUAGACACCAAGAUGGCCCUCUGAUGGAUAUCAGUUUCAAUCCCUUCCCGUCAGGGGGCAGGAACGGGAGCUGGCGCGGCAGAGGUGGGAUGCAGGGUCCCCCACGCCCCCCUCCUGGUCCACCUGGCCCCCCAGGCCCUCCAGGACCUCCACCCCCUGGUCAAGGCCUCCCCCCUCCCCUCCCUGGUCCUCCAAACCGUGGUGACAGGCCGCCUCCCCCUGUCCUCUUUCCUGGUCAGUUUGGUCAGCCUCCAAUGGGACCCAUGCCCCCAGGCCCCCCUCCUCCAGGCUACGGUCCUCCUCCGGGUCCUCCACCCCCUCAACAGGGCCCACCACCCCCUGGACCCUUCCCUCCUCGUCCCCCAGGCCCCAUUGGUCCCCCCAUGGCUUUGGCGCCCCCUCCACACAUGCCAGGUCCCCCACCAGGUGGACCUCCACCGGCACCUCAUGUCAACCCUGCAUUCUUCCCUCCACCCGGAAACAACAGCAUGCCACCCAACGACAGAGGAGGCCCUCCAGGACCAAACGAUCCCUACGGGCGCCCACCACCAUAUGAGAGAGGCGACUACGGUCCAGGAGGCCGGGAGAUGGAGUCAUCACGGACUCCUCUGAGCGAGGCAGAAUUUGAGGAGAUCAUGAACAGAAACAGAGCUAUCUCCUCCAGCGCAAUUUCUAGAGCGGUGUCUGAUGCCAGUGCAGCUGACUAUGGCAGUGCCAUAGAGACCUUGGUGACAGCCAUCAGUCUUAUAAAGCAGUCCAAAGUGUCAGCAGACGACCGCUGUAAGGUUCUCAUCAGUUCUCUGCAAGACUGCCUACACGGCAUUGAGUCAAAAAGCUACGGCUCUGCCUCCAGAAGAGAGCGUUCCAGAGAACGAGACCACAGCCGCUCCAGAGAAAAGAGCCGACGCCACAAGUCCCGCAGUCGGGACCGACAUGAGGACUAUUACCGAGAACGCAGCCGGGAGCGAGAUCGCCACCGUGAGAGGGACCGAGAUAGAGACCGCGAGAGAGAGAGGGAGAGGGAGUACCGGCAUCGCUAGAGGCGAGGAAAGCUCACGAGGAUCAAGGAUGGAUGGAAGGACAAAGGAGAAAGGAUUUCAGUGCGCCACCACCUCCCCACCCUGCAUGACCGGACAGGAUCACAGCCUCCACCUCUUCCUCCAACCCCUCCAUCUCUCCUCUCCUCUCCGUCUCCACCCAUCCUUCUCUCUGUCCGUUCAUCCUGUCUGCCUGUGGAUGGGAGACCCUGACCUGUGUAAGGCUAUAGUAUCCAAACCUCUAUACUCAUGGUAACUAAAGAUGAAAGAAAAGAAACUUUCCAAACAGCUUUUAUUUUUAUGAUGUUUUAUUUGACAUGAAGAUGACUACUUGUGAAGCUUUCUGUUUUUGCAAAGAAACAAUAAAACAGCCCACUCAGUCCACAGCUAGAAAACACAAGCAUUACAUCCUAUAUGCUUUUUAUUUUCCCUUGGCUUCCUGUACUGUGUACAUUCAGUUUAGAGCUCUGUUUUUAUAGGGUACAUGUUUGAUGUUUUCUCCCUACCCCCUCUCACAUUCUCAUUUAUUCUUUCAUGGUUAGUAUGUUUGUAAAUGUCUCUGCUUUUGAUUAAAACUAGAUGGUGUUGUAAUAAAAAAUGUUUACUGAGGUA